AUGGACCCUCCUCUUCACACAACACCAACCCCCCUCCCCCUCUCGACAAAGCUCCCCCUAACCCUUCUGCCGUCCCUAAUGCUAGGUACCACUCUCGGCAUGGCCCUCGGCGCGAAACGCUCAGCACUGGUAUUCCGCGCCGAGAACGCGCACCGGAUCCCGCGGACCACACGGGGCUGGUACUUCUACCACAAGAGCAAGAACUACUACACGAUGCUGGGCGCUGCGCGGGAGGGCAUGCGCAGUGGUAUGCGGGUUGCGGGGUGGGUUGGCGGGUUCGUUCUUGCCGGCGGAGUCGUUGGUGAGGUGCUGGGGCCACUGGGGGGAGGUGUGGUGGCUGGGUUGAGUGUUGCUGGGGUAUUCAGUUGGAUCAGUAAGUCCUGUUCCGGAAAGAGGGAAGGGGGGGGGGACGAAAGCUAAUAGGGGGAUAAGAUAGGUUUUCUUAUGGGAUGGCGGUAACGACGGCUAAGCGAGGGCUUUUCUUUGGAUUGUUGUUUGGGGCUGGGGAGGAGGCUGUUGGUUAUAUUGGCAGGAAGAAGAGGGAGAUUGAGGAGCAGAGGGGGUCGGAGGGGACUACUAGGUGAGAGGUUUUAGGUGAGUUUGGGAUGGUUGGGUUUUCUGUAUAAAUUAUAUCACAUCACCAAGUUUCUGUAACAUAGGCGUUUCGGACAUGGCAUUAUUAUAAACCUCUUCUAUGCUGCUACUUUUUCCUCCCAUU